AUGAAAAGGGAAAAUGACAGUUUUGCUUGGAAUUGGUCUAGACAACCUGAGUCGAUCGUAGAGUUAAAGGAGUGGCAGGAUUGCAGCGAGACUCUUAAUAUGGUGACACUCAACAAUUCUAAGGAUAGGUGGGUCUGGAUUGAAGAUAGCAAAGAUGGUUUUUCGGUGAAGGCUGUUAAGAAGGCCUUGAUCGCCGAAAGAGGAAAUGGUCGGCUUACUAAUUUCGAUUGGUGUAAAUGGGUGCCUAUUAAAUGCAACAUUGUGGCUUGGAGAGGUAAUUUGGAUAGACUUGCUACAAGAGUGAAUUUAAGAAGGAAUGUGGACAUUAUAUCCGUUAUGUGCCCUUUUUGCAACGAAUUUGAGAAAACGAUGAAGCAUCUUUUUACGGCGUGUCUAGUGGCGACUCGGGUUUGGGCGGCCAUAAGUGUUUGGUGUAAAAUCCCUCCGAUUUAUAUUUUUGAAUUCAAAGACAUUCUGGAUAUUCACAAUUACUCUCAAGUUGAAAAGAAGGCAAAGAAUAUUAUCCAAGGGUUGGUGAUUAUUUCGUGUUGGAGUAUUUGGAAAGGAAGGAACGAGGUGGUUUUCAACCAAAUCAGUCGUAGCCCGCAGGAGAUUGUGAGGGAGAUUAAAUCGAGAGGUUAUGCUUGGUUUAAAAAUAGAACGUCUUGUAACUAUAUUAGCUGA